CCCCCUCCCCCGGCGCUGCGCUGCGGCGGGGCCCGCCCUGCACGUCACCGGCGAGAUGGCGGCGCCCGGCCGGCUCAGCUUGGCGGGGCGGGGGAGGCCCCUGCCCCAACUCGGAGCUUUGGUGCAUUGAUCCUCUGUGAACUGCUCAGUUUGGAGUCUUUACUAUUCAUUGAAUGCAUACAUCAAUCUCCGAGGAAAGACUUCCUGUAAACACGUCUAUUUUGCUUUAAGUGUUUAAAAAUGUCUGAUAAGAAAAUAAUUAUGAACAGAGCCCAUGAUAUUGAGAAGCUACUCUCUGAAAACAAUUUCCAAGAUAUUGGAAAUCAUCUUACAGAACUUGAAGCUGUUGAUAUGACUAUAGAAUAUCUUCAGGAGACUGAUGUUGCCAAAGCUGUGUACAGAGUCCUCCAGAACUGUCCUGCAAUGACAUUGAAAAAGAAAGCAAAGCAUUUAUUAUCAAAGUGGAAGACACUUUACAAGAAUAACUACCUUUCAUCGGUACAAGGUAAAAAGUCAGUUUCUGAGAGUGUGAAAGAGCACAAUGAAUAUUUCAGUGUGGUUCCACAAGAACAAAUGGAGUUUUCUGAAGAAUUGAAUCAGCAUGAAAUGUUAGAUGCUGCUGGCGCUAACAGUUUGCUAACAUCACAAAACGUUCCAAAAGAUGAAGUGUAUAAUAAGCCAAAAAGCAGUGUGAAUCAGCUGGGUCUUUUAGAAGAACAGAGCGCUGAUAACGAAGACGCUAAACCUGCUGGCAGUGAAACAAGCCCACAGCAAGAACAUCUGAAGGCUGUGAGGUUGAAAUGCACAGAACUUAUUUAUAAAGCCUUGACUGAUUCUGCCACAAGCAAAGAGGAAGCCAAUUAUCGGCAAGAAUUAGCCAAAGAAAUUGAAGAGCGUAUUUUUGCUCUUCAUGCUAGAAAUGACAAAAAGUACAAAAAUUGUAUCAGAAGCAAAGUCUCUAACUUGAAGAAUCCUAAAAAUUUCCACUUAAAACAUAACCUGUUUUCAGGGACUAUGAGUCCAAAGACUUUUGCUGAGAUGACAGUGAUGGAAAUGGCCAAUGAUGAACUGAAACAACUCAGGGCUUUGUACACAGAAUCAUCUGUUCAGGAACAUCAGCUUCCCCAAGUUGUUGAUGGCACACAGACAGACAAAAUAAAAUGUAGGCGCUGUGAAAAAUUUGAUUGCACUGUCACUAUGAUUGCCAGGGGAACUCUCUUCCUUCCUAGUUGGGUGCGAAAUGCAAAUCCAGAUGAACAAAUGAUGACUUACGUUAUUUGUAACAAAUGUGGAGACCAGUGGUACCACAGCAGAUGGACAGAGAGAAGGGCCAUUCAGUGUCAUUCUGAAGGAUUUCUGCUUGGAUUUCCAGCUGUAUUCAUUUAUGCUACCAACUGGCUGAUCUUGCACUCCAGAGUAGAGUGUUGGCCUAUUCAUCCAGGUCGCAGGCAGCUUCUGCAGCCUAUGUGACUUGUGUGCCCAUCUUGGACAUUUGUAAGUUGGCAACCUGGUCAUCAGUCCAUACGUUUGUCUCUCACUACACCAGCUCUCAUCAAUCCAGAGAUGAUGCCAGAUUUGGAUGGGCAGUCCUGCAAUCCUUAUUCAAGUAGAUUCCAAACCCACUUCCAGGUCACACUGCUUGUUAGUCACUUAUGGUGGAAUGGACAUGUGCCAUCACUGGAAGAAGAAGAAACAGUUACUAACCUUUUUCUGUAACUGUUGUUCCACAGCCCUUCCUCCUUCCCCUCUCUGUUUGAGUCUAUCCAGUAGGAAAGAGGGGUUGAAUUUAAUUUUGUCCUGCCCAUAUCAUCUACAAAUGUUUACUCUGCCUUUCAGAUGACUAGUUAAAUUGUUAUUUAAAACUAGCAAUUAUUGCAUUACCUAUUGGCCACCUCCCUACAACUCUGUUCACAAUCCUUCAGACAUCUUCCAUUCCAUAUAUUCAUGUCCAGUCCUGUUUGAAUUAAGAAAUAAGAUUUUGUGAGAAACUAACAAACACUUUACUCACUUGUGAACAUGGAGAUGCUGCUUCUUAUGGUUCAUUUAACUUUUCCUUUGGUUUUUAAUUUGACAGGAGCUUUAGCAAAAAAAAAGGAAAGUGAUACAGGUGUGUGCAUAUCCCAAAUGUGUGUGGUACAGAAAAGGCGUGGUCUUAGUUUCAGUAUGCGGUAUUUUUCUCUGAGUGCAGUCUCUCAAUAAGGGGCAAGGCCAGAGCACAUGCUGUAUUAUUCAUGCAUAAGUGAUGUAACAGAGCCAGUUAUAAUCUUAGACUGGAUAAGACUGUAUGCUUUGUUCUGAAAUGAGCACCUGGAUGGUGUACCUGGAUAUGAGCAGCUGUCAAUCUGCAGCUAUGGGUUGGGUGCUGUUUUGUUCCUUUCACUAGCUUAUGGUACAGAAAGCCUAUGUACCUUUCAUAUGGUGAAUAAAAAUACAGGAGCAAAUUUCUUAAGGUCCAGAUUCUACUUUCAGUUGUAUGUGCAGAACACAGAAUGAUUUCAGUGCAUACAUUUGAGGACACAAGCUGUAAAUCUUCAUCUGCUCUAAGGUAUGACCUAAUUAUAUUUCCCAUGAGCAGUCAUCAUCUUCUUGUUUAUAACACCAUAACUAUUUCUACUGCAACUAUCUGUGUUGUUAUAAACAUGAAUAACUAUGGGCGUGGAAUUGUUGAGCAAAUGAGCUCUAUGGCCCUGAUCCUUAUUCAUAUGCUUUACUUUAAGUAUAUAUGUAGUUCCAGUCACAUAACUAUUUGCAAGAUUAUAGCUAUUAGAGGCCAUGAUCAUGAUUUAUGUAUUUGUUAGUUUGUUUAUUUAUUGCCAAUAUCCUUUGCUAUAUAGGUCAAGAGAACAAAAUACAGAAGAUAUAUACUAUAAGACAGUUUAUAUUAGGAAUUUUAUUUUUAAAUAGAAUGUUUAAUAUUUCCCAGCAGGUUUCAAAAUCUCUUUCAGGCACAAUAACUAUUAUUUAAAGUAAUGUCUCAAAGAAAAAAGUGGCAGUUUCCAAACAUACAAAUGUUGUUGUUAUGUUAUAUAACUUACAAUGUAAGUUUCAUUUUGAAAGAUCCUAAACAAAUCACAGGAAUCAUUUCCUUCAUCACUGAAAUGCAGCCUUUGCAAACAGUGGUCAAGACCUAGGUCUUACAUUUUAUCCAAUAUGGCACUUCCGCAGCACAACACCUCUUCAUAUUGUACUGUAAUAUUGGGUAAGCACUGACUCCAAGGGAAGAGUGCCAAUUCAAAAUCAUUAAGACCUUAUUUUUCCACAAAUUUUAAAAUCCAGUUCAGUAAGUGGUCGUGAAAAUCUUAGGGUUUUAAAUGACAACUACAAUACUAUUAAAUUCCAAAUUCAACAAAUUAUUACUGUUAUUUAUUACUGUAGGGCCUAGGAGCCCUGGUCAUGGACCAUGAUCUCAUUUGUGCUAAUUUUUGUGAUUAUGUGCUUAAGUCCAUCCUUGUUUAGCAAAGCACUUAAGCAUGUGCUUAACUUUCAGUGAAUUCAAUGAGGCUUAUGUAUCUGCUCAAAGUUAAGCAUGUGCUAAAUAGAGAUGGGCCUAGGCCAGGGGUCUCAAACACACUCUUGCGUGUGGCCUGCCAAGCUCCCUGUGCCCCCCCCGCCCCUCUGCCUACCCGCGGGAUUGCCCCCUGUGGCGCUGCGAGCCCUGCGCCACUCUCUGAAGCAGCUUGGCAGCACAUCCCUUCGAGGGGAGGGGGAAGGAGGCACAGGCACUCCUGCAUUGCCUCCUUCCAGGCACCGCCCCCCGCUGCUCCCAUUGGCCGGGAAUAGGGAACCGCGGCCAAUGGGAGCUUCGUGGGAGGUACCUGGAGGGGCGGCAAGAGCAGCAGACACACGGAACCCUGAGCCCCUCCCCCUCCCCCAGGGGCUGCAGGGACACGGUUCCAGCUACUUCCUGGAACGGAGCGGCGCAGGGCCAGGACAGGCAGGGAGGGAGCCUGCCCUGGUCCCAGUGCGUGCCGCUGCCACCCUGAAGCCACUCUAGAUAAGUAACGCUGGGCUGGAGCUUGCACCCUGAACCCCUCCUGCACCCCAACUCCCUGCCCUGAGCCCCCUGCUGACCCCUGCAAAGCUCCUGCACCUCAACUCCCUGCCCUGA